AACAAAAGCAAGUGGGCGAGGGCGAUGAGACGCGAUUUUAUGUCGCGAGCGAAGCGAUGGGGUCCCCCAAUCCAAGCCCGUAUGGUGCUUUGACAAUGAGAGCUCGCGAUUCUUGGGCUGUGGGGGCCCUCGAUCUCCAUGAAUUCUCAUCAAUUCGGCGGGGCCAGGAGAAGAUUCACGCAAUUCACAGUGCUGUUGGGGCCUUGUCCUUCUCGGGGGGACUAAACAAUUCCAUGGAUCUCGCAGUGCUUUGCUCGGCCUAUAUUAUCGACGGGGGUUUUUCAAACGGCUAGUUUGGUUUUUAGGGUUCUUGGUGGCUAUGGCGGCAGUGGCGAUGGAGGUGGACGACGCCCCGCCGCUGGAGAGGAAGGAGGCGCGAUACACUCGGAAGGAUGAAGAUUUCGAGCGGCGCGUCCAGCGGUACAAGGGCCAGCAGUACAGCCACCUCUAUUACUGCCGGCUGCACAAGCUUCGUGGAGCUCUCAGCUCGCUCGUUCAAUCCGGCUUUCCUGGUGUUCCAGUUUGUCCGAUCUUGGGACUGGAAGAUGGGAAGCGUUGCGUUGUGAUUGGAACGAUCUACAAGCAGAUGAAGCUCAAGCCAUCUAUUCUGGAUGAAUACGCAAAAGAGCGCUCAAAGCUUCCACUCGCAACAGCUUCUAAUUUCAUGCAUCCAGAUGAUUAUUUGGUGCUAGAAGAUGAGAGUGGUCGCGUGAAGCUCGUGGGCAGCGUGGUUGUGCCCUCGAAUUAUGUUACCGGCAUUGUCAUUGCUGCUUGUGGAGCGGCAGGAAAGGACGGCGACUUCUUUGUACAAGAAAUAAUCGAGCCCGGUUUACCACCUCAGCCACCUUUGCCUUCCAUCACAGAGGACAAGUAUGUCGCUUUCAUCUCUGGCUUGAGGAUUGGUAGUGAUCAUUGUGAUCCUUUGCAACUACAGCUCUUGGUUGAUCACCUUACUGGUCAUUUGGGUGACGAACAGGAGCAAAUGUUGAGCGCUCAGGUCAUUCGUCUGAUAGUUGCGGGAAAUUCUCUUGAUAUGCAAUAUAACUUACUCGCUGGGCAGGCUAUUUCCGCCAAGGACCAAGCGAGGUUGACUGAACCAGUGAAGGAGCUCGACCUUGUGCUAACUCAAAUAGCAGCAGCAAUGCCAGUUGAUAUUAUGCCCGGAGCAAAUGACCCUGCAAACUUUACUUUGCCCCAGCAGUCCUUGCAUAAGUGUCUUUUUCCUGGAGCUUCUGCUUACUGUACCUUUUUACCUGCGACAAAUCCUCAUCGAUUUGAACUGGACGGUAUAGAGUUUCUCGGCACAUCUGGACAAAAUGUCGAUGAUCUUGACAAGUACUCGGAAGCCAAAGAUGUCCUCGAGCUUAUGGAAAGAACACUGCGCUGGAGACAUAUUGCGCCUACAGCUCCUGAUACACUGGGCUGUUACCCAUACACCGAUAAGGAUCCGUUCGUUCUGGACAGAUGUCCACAUGUUUACUUCUGUGGAAAUCAGAGGAGCUGUAUGUCUCGCUUACUUACUGUUGAAGGGAAAUCGGUGAGAGCCAUUUCGAUUCCGCGCUUUUGUGAUUCGGGAACCGCCGUGCUGGUGAAUUUGCGGACAUUGGAUUACCAUCUGCUUACGCUUUCCACCUCCGCACUGUUAGAUGCUUGAGGUGGUGUAACAAGUACUCACCACCACUCUCCAGGAAUCAGUGUAGAGCAUGAUUGCACUCGCAUCUCGUGCAGGCUUGCACAGCUUUUUUCUCAUUCCGAGCCCUCAGGUACGUAGAAGUAGCAUAUAUAACAGCACCUUGUUUUUUUUUCUUUUUCGUUAUUACGUGCUUAAGGACUUGACUCUUAUGGAGGCUACAGCUUU